GCUGUCAGUCACUCCACCACCGCGCACGCUGCCUGCUCCACGCCCCGCCCGGCGGCCGCCUUUUGCGUCUUCGCGAGGCGGGCUGUCCACCUCCAAACUGCCUCCGCCAUCUCUUCUUGACCGGUUCGCUCUUUUCCGCACAUCCCCCUCGCCCUCGCCUCGUCCCCAAGCAACCAUCUCUCCGGUUCGCUUUCCUAUCGGUCACCAGCUCCCGGCACGGCCUCAUCGCCCAGUUCCCUCACCCACCCCGCGCAAGAGAGCCUGUCCCGUGGGCAUCCUGGGCGCGUAGCCGACCCGUCCUCUACCUCGACUGUUCCCCGCCACCAGCGACGCCCUUCACCAUGGCGCCCACCAUUCCCGAGCUUGACCUUAUGGUCAAGUCCUUUUACGAAGCUCGCGGUGAACAGCAAAAAGCUGCCCAGACCGCACUCAACCAGUUCAAGGAGGACCCCGACGCCUGGCUCCUCGUCGAUCAGAUCCUCUCCGAGGCCCAAUAUGAGCAGACCAAGUUCCUUGGUCUUCAGAUUCUUGACAGCGUCAUCGCGACGAGAUGGAAGGUCCUUCCACGGGAUCAGUGCUUAGGCAUCCGCAACUUUGUCGUCAACUACAUCAUUCAGUGCUCCAACACUCCCGAGUCACUGAAAGCCCAGCGCGUCCUCCUGAACAAGCUCAACCUCGUCCUCAUCUCCGUCCUCAAGCAGGAGUGGCCACACAACUGGCCCACAUUCAUCAACGAGAUCAUCUCCGCCUGCCGAUCUAACCUGUCGAUAUGCGAGAACAACAUGAUCAUCCUCCGACUCCUCUCCGAGGAAGUCUUCGACUAUUCUGCCGAACAGAUGACAUCCACAAAGACACGAAACCUCAAGACGACGAUGUGCAACGAGUUCUCGCAGAUCUUCCAGCUUUGCCAGGAGAUUCUCACUACGGCCGACCAGGAGAGCCUCGUCAAGGCAACCCUCGAAACGCUGCUCAAGUUCUGCAACUGGAUCCCACUCGGCUACAUCUUCGAGACCAACCUCAUCGAGACGCUCCGCACACGUUUCUUGGAGGUUCCUGAAUUCCGCAACGUCACUCUCCAGGUCUUGACUGAGAUCGGUGGCCUUGCCUUGGGUGGACCGGGCCAACCGAAUGCCUACAGCGAGGAGCUCGUCAAGAUGUUUGUCGACACACUUUCGGUCAUCGCCAACAUCAUUCCUCUCGAGCUCGAUCUCAAGACCACCUAUCCUCAGAGCAACUCGCGUGACCAACAGUUUAUUCAGCAGCUAGCUCUAUUCCUCUGCAACACCUUCGGCGCGCACGUUGACCUUGUCGAGAAACUUCCCAACCGCGACUACCUUACACACGGUCAUUUCUACCUUAUUCGGAUAUCGCAAAUCGAGGACCGCGAAAUCUUCAAGAUCUGCCUGGACUACUGGCUCAAGCUUGUCCAAGAGCUGUACGAGGAAAUGCAGACAGCACCAAUGCAGGAGAUGAACCCCUUGAUGAUGGCUGCCGGCUCGACCAGCGGUGCAGUCAAUCCAGCUCUUCUUGAGAGCAUGCCGAACUUGCGCAUGCACAAGUACAAGGAGGUCUUGUCGAAUCUGCGGGUCGUCAUGAUCGAGAACAUGGUCCGGCCAGAGGAGGUGCUCAUUGUCGAAAACGAUGAAGGCGAGAUUGUGCGCGAGUUCGUCAAGGAGAGUGACACAGUGCAGCUGUACAAGACAAUUCGCGAGUGCCUGGUGUACCUUACACAUCUCGACGUGGUCGAUACCGAGCAAAUCAUGACGGAUAAGCUGUCGAAGCAGGUGGACGGCUCGGAAUGGUCAUGGCACAACUGCAACGUUCUCUGCUGGGCCAUCGGCUCGAUCUCCCUUGCCAUGAACGAGGAGACUGAGAAGCGAUUCCUCGUCACAGUCAUCAAGGAUUUGCUUGGCUUGACCGAGAUGAAGCGUGGCAAAGACAACAAGGCCGUUGUCGCGUCCAACAUCAUGUACAUUGUUGGCCAGUACCCGCGAUUCCUCAAGGCCCACUGGAAGUUCUUGAAGACUGUUGUCAACAAAUUGUUCGAGUUCAUGCACGAGUCCCACGAAGGCGUCCAGGACAUGGCAUGCGAUACCUUCAUCAAGAUUGCGAGGCAGUGUAGGCGGCACUUUGUGGCUCUGCAGCCUAGUGAGAGCGAGCCCUUCAUCGAAGAGAUUGUUCGCAACUUGCAGCGCAUCACCUGCGACCUCACCCCUCAACAGAUUCACACAUUCUACGAGGCCUGUGGCUACAUGGUCGCCGCCCAAGGCAACAAGCACCAGCAGGAGCGUCUGCUGGCUGAGCUCAUGUCUGCUCCCAAUGCUGCUUGGGAUGAAAUCAUCCGGGCUGCCACCCAGAACCCCGAAAUCCUUCAGGAUGCCGAGACUAUCAAGAUCAUUGGCAACAUCAUGAAGACGAAUGUCUCAGCGUGCUCGUCAAUCGGUGGCUACUUCGGCCCGCAGAUUGGUCGAAUCUACAUGGACAUGUUGCAAAUGUACCGUGCUACGAGUCAGCUGAUCUCUGAAGCCGUCGCUCGUGAUGGUGAAAUCGCACCACGCAUGCCCAAAGUUCGCGGCCUGAGAACCAUCAAGAAGGAGAUCUUGAAGUUGAUCGAGACCUACGUGGAGAAAGCCGAGGACUUGCAAGCCGUGCGGGCACAAAUGGUGCCUCAGCUGCUCGACUCCGUCUUGGUUGAUUACAACCGCAACGUCCCCGGUGCUCGUGACGCCGAGGUUCUUCGUGCCAUGUCCGUGGUCAUCACGAAACUCACGGGAUUGAUGGAGGACCAAGUGCCGACCAUCAUGCAGAACGUGUUCGAGUGCACGUUGGAGAUGAUCAACAAGGACUUCUCCGAGUUCCCCGAGCACCGUGUGGAGUUUUUCAAUCUUCUUCGAGCCAUCAACCUGCACUGCUUCCCGGCACUGCUCAAGCUUGACAACCGCCAGUUCAAGUUCGUCAUCGAUGCUUGUAUGUGGGCCAGCAAGCACGACAACCGCGACGUUGAAGGUGCUGGUCUCAACAUGUGCUUGGAGCUCGUCACCAAUAUUGCCGAGAAGACGGAUGUGCAGACCGCCAACGCGUUCUUCCAACAGUUUUUCUCGACAAUUCUGCAGGACGUUUUCUUUGUCCUGUGCGAUCCCGAUCACAAGGCUGGUUUCAAGACACAGAGUAUGCUGCUGAUGCGCAUGUUCUACUUUGUCCACCCUGCGGACGGCACGACACCAAAGAUCCAGGGCCCCGUCUACUCUGAUGGAACACCAAGCGGAACGAGCAACAAGGACUACCUCGCUAACUACGUUGGUGGUCUCUUACGCAACGCCUUCCCCAACCUUCAAGUUGGCCAAAUCAACAACUUCCUUGAGGUGCUCUUCACCAUGAAUGCCUCGUACGAGAAGUUCCGUCUCCAGGUUCGCGACUUUCUCAUCUCGCUCAAAGAGUUCGCCGACGACAACGCCGAGCUCUAUGUCGUCGAGAAGGAGCAAGAGGCGCGGGAUAAGCUCGCUGCCGACCACGAACGGAGAUCGAAGGUUGGCGGUUUGCUGAAGCCGUCUGAGAUUGAGGAUGAGGAGCUAUGACUGAAUGAGGAGUUCCGGAACGAAUUCGCUCCCAGUCAGGUCACGAUGAACGCCAGCGAGAAGAUCACCACGGCCACCUUUGAUGGUUGGGAUCUGUAUGGCUUAUGAUAGAAGGGUGACUGGAUGUUGUCGAUUGAAUACAUGGGCCGGUCGCUGGGUUUUGUCUGGCUGCUGGACUGCUCCGUUGCGGUCUAGCAUUCCUACAGACCUGCUUUCGUUCCCAUGCUGGUGGAAACACAGCGAGUACUCUUAGCUGGCCCUGUCAAGACAAGGGUACAGGUACAUCGAUCAAGUCCCUAUGCCUCAUACCGAUAGACGAAUGUGGUUGUGUCAGAAUAUUCCCAGAUUUGUUUUCCUGAAAGAAGACGACUGCAAAGGAGCGUCUAGUCAAUUAGUCAGUCAGUCAGUCAGUCAGUC